AUGGCUGCUCACAACCUGAACGAUGAAAAGCCACGCUCGGCGGACGUGUUCUUCGAUACUUCGCUUCGCUUCGACAUGAUGCCUCUUUCCGCGACGGUUAAGCAGGCCCUAGCGCGGAAUAAUUUCAUACACCCUUCGCCGAUACAGGCCCGUGCCAUUCCGCUGGCGCGGUGUGAUUUCGAUCUUCUAGUGCAGGCAAAAGCGGGAACAGGCAAAACGCUCGUCUUCGCAGUGACUAUCGUGGAAUCGCACCUGUCGGAAGUCGGCUUUCCACAAUCACUCACAAUCGCACCGACACGCGAAAUCGCUGUUCAAAUCGAGGGUGUACUGAACCGGAUCGGGGCCGAUGUGCCAAACUUUAAGGCCCGCAGCUUCAUAGGCGGCAUGGAGAUCAGUGUCGAUCGGAAAAAUCUCCAGAAUUGUUCGGCAGUCGUGGGCACUCCGGGUCGGCUGCUGCACCUCAUCAAAAGCAAUGUGCUCAACACGUCCCACAUCCGGACGCUCGUUCUGGACGAAGCGGACACACUGCUCGACAUACGCAAGGAUAUCAACAGUAUCGUGGCGGCGCUGCCCGAGAAGCGGCAAACGCUCGUUUGCAGCGCCACGUUCUACAACAACCGCGACCGGGAGCUGUUGCGCUACAUGAACGAGAAGUUUAUCGGCGUCACGCCAAAGCGGGAGGUUCCGAUGCUGUACGGUAUCAAGCAAUUCGUGCGUGAACUUCCGGAAGAGAGCGACAAUGUGAAGGAUCUGUUGGCGAAAGUGGCCUCGAUGGGGCAGCUCUUUCGGCAGAUCGUUUUCACGCAAGCCGUGGUGUUUGCAAACACGACCGCCAAAGCUGAAACGUACUGCAACUACCUGCGGAAGGGCGGUUGGCCUGCGGACAUGAUCAACGGUGGGAUGGAGCAGCGUUCGCGUCUGAAAGCGAUGGAUGAUUUCCGUGCGCUACGGGCCCGAGUUCUGGUGGCCACGAACGUGAUCGCACGCGGUAUCGAUGUGGAAGCCGUCAAUUUGGUGGUGAACGCAGAAGUACCGAAGGACCACGCGACCUACCUGCACCGAAUCGGGCGGGCGGGACGCUUCGGUACGAACGGAAUCGCGGUCACGUUGGUGUCCGGCGUGAAAGAUAUGGAACGUUUCAGGCGCAUACUACACGAUAUCGGCGGGAACGAGAUGUUCGUGUACCGCAUGCCUAGCCAGGACACGAUGGAACACAUUUGGCAAUUUGCGACGUACGGAGACCGGUACGAGAAGCUGUUCGCCUCACAGAUGGAACAGGAAAUUCGUGAUCGCGAUGCGGAUCAAUUGUUUUUAAAAGCAAUGAAAAUGCUGGACGCUACCCAUGAGGUGGCGGCCGUGGUGGGUGAAAAGAUCGCGAAUGCACCUUCGGCGGUUCAACGGGUAAACAACAAUGAAGACACGAAGCUGGACGAUAGUUUGGAAAAGUCGACUUCCGACGAAGAAACGGUGGUCGAGGUGAGCGCAACUGAGGGCAAAGAAACAACGGUCGUGAACGGAAAGCGAAACGGGCACACCGGAGAGAUGAACGGUAACGUAUCUGGGCCCAGCUGUGCUUUGGACGAUAUGACCGUGUCGAUGGGAAAAUUAAGCUUAGAGCGGCCCCAACCCGGGGGCACUGGGACCGGUGCUACUAAACUCGAUUCACUUAACGGCAAUCGGAAGGCAAAUGGCAAAGCUGACGAAUCAUUGGACACGGAGCCGGCUAAUGGUGCGACGGACAAUGACGAUGAUGAUGAUGAUGAUUCAUCGUCGGCACCUUCACCCAAGCCAGGACCUUCGAGAAAUGGCAUAAAAGUGUCCACAGUGUGCCCAUCCACUGAAGUAAACAACGGUCUAAUGCUCGCAGUUCCGACAAUCACUUCUCCGGAAACGAUCGUUUUGGGACUAGAACAGCUGGCGGUGAAUGAGUUUGCAGCAGAUUCGGACGGGGAGAGCAGCAGCUCGUCGCUCAGCACCAAUGUCACCGAAAAGGUGGAGGUCGGUUCGGACUUCAAUGCACCGCUGGCCCGUCUCAAUCAGAUCCCUGAUCCGCGUGCCGUCCGCCAGAUGCGCUCGGUCGACUGUUCCGACCUCGAGCACAGCUCCGACAGUGAAUCGAACGUGAACGAGUGUCCCGCGUUCGAGUCGAACAACGACGCUCUGUUUGCGAAAAUUAUGGAGCAGAAGGAACUGAGCGUGGAGCAGCAGGAACACCAGGUACAGCUUCACUCCAUCGACGGUUGCAGCCUCGAGGUGCACGACGACACGAUCAGUGACCGGGAGCUGUCGAGGAAGGGAUCCGUGCCGGAUGUGGUUCCGUCGGGCAUUUCGCUCGAUCCUUCGCGACUGCACAAUCGUACAACAGCCGAGGAGCACGCCGAGAUUCUCCUGGGCCACGAACGACGAUCGGUGGCCGAACUGGAGCUGGAAGGCGAAGAGAUCGAACUGAAUUCGAACACCUGCGGCUCGAAUCGGGGUUCACUGUUUGAGGAAGAAGAAGAGGACGACGUAGAGGAUGUGAUACAGGCGAAGAUUCCAAAACGGAUUCGCUUCCAGCAACAGGAUUCGCUUGAGCUGAACUCGAACACGGUUGGUUCGAACGUAGGCUCGACCCCCGAACCACCGGAGAUGCUCGAUCAACCACUGCUGCCACUACCGAUACCGAUCGAGGCAGUUCCGAACGAUGAACCGCACGAUGACAUGGACGAUGCAAGCUCAUACUCAUCCGAGUAUGACAGUGAUGGGUCGAAUUCGUCCUUCUUCGAUGAUGUCGAUCGCAUUUCGGUAACGUCGGCCAAAUCGACACCGAAAGAAACGGCCAACGAGCUGAUGGGCGGUGGUGGUGGCGCCGCCGGCACGUCGGCAGCACUCGUAACCGCAGGUAGUUUGGAGCAAAUUGUGGCCUCCAACUCGGUUUCGGUUGCACCGUCGCCGUUGUUUGUGGGUACGGCCGGUGGAGCAGUUGGUGGCACAGGACCAACACCGGGACCCGCAACGGUCCCCAUCGCUCCGGUGAUCGUUGGUGGUGCCCCGCUGGAGGAAGAAAUAAGUGGUCCACAGUUUGUGCAAAUGGAAAGCGGAGGGCCGUUCCCGGCGCACUCAUCACACAUCGUCCGACAACGGGCACGAACACCCGUUAGCCCGGAUGCCCAAGCAACUGCCGCCUACCAUCGAACGUACGCCCUGUGGAGCAAUCAGUACUGGAAUCAGCUGACCCAGAUCAACGACUACGUCCGCUUUGCCAGUUACACACGGCGCAAUACUUACCGAAGUCCGUGAAGCUCGCACAGGGGACCGCAGCGGGGAGGGAACUAACGUGGGGAAGCAACCGAUCAUUCGAUCGUCGCCAUUGCUGUUUAGCUUUCGCAUCCCGGUAGGCAGGGCGAAACGGGGCAAAAAUUCAGCAAAUUUUAAACUUGUGAUUCUGAACGAAGCAAAGCAUGCGGUGGUGGUGGACACAAUGGUGCGCUAUUUAACGGUUAACUAAGAUGCACAUUAGAAUUCGCCUAUUUAACUAACCUUCAACGCUGAAGUAGCAACACAAAUACACACGUAUAAAUAUAUAAACAUACACGCCUGCGAGUGUGUGCGCCUCGCGGAGCUGCCCGCAGAUUCGGAUUCGGAUGCGGAUUCGCAUUCUCUUAAGCAAAGAUGAUAGGGUUUAAGCAGAGCAAGGCUCCGAGGGGUAUUCCCGUUUUCACAUUAUACUGUACAAUUAUUUUUCAGAAAUGUAAACGUGUUUUUUUAUCGUUAAUGAAAAAAGUGUAAAGCGCAGCGGCAAAGCUAAUUAAUAAUGUGUAACGGCCUGUACCGCGCGAAAUAAACCAAUGUGUAA